CGGGGAGACAAGCAUACUUUGUCCUUGCGGUCGCUGGGGCUUCAACUUGGAAUUGCUCCUCUGCCUCAAAUCUGUCGGUCUGGCAAUACUGACACGGCGGCGUUACUCGGUUGCGACGGGUGCUGUGACCGGACGACUCGACGUUUACCCCGAGCUCCCGACGGCUUUAUCCACUUCCCCACACGCUUGGCUCGGUGAGUUGGUAUAAAGAGCGACGAGCGGGCGACGACAGCAGACGCAACCGCAAAAGAUCAAGAUGUGGCAGCCCCCGUCCCCGACGGAAUCCGCGGCGCAGCCCGUGCGGGACCGCUCCGCGUCCAUGAAGAUGAAGAACCCGGGCCGGCGCUUCGGGCUGGUCGUCCGCCUUCGACCCGAGCGAGCCGCCGAGUACAAGGCGUGCCACGCCCGGGUUUGGCCCGAGGUGCUCAAGCAGAUCAAGGACUGCGGGAUGGAAGACUACUCCAUCUGGUACGACGACAAGACCGGGCUGCUCUUCAGCUCUUUCAAAUACAUCGGCUACGACUUUGCCGGCGACAUGCAGCGCAUGGCCGAGAACCCCAAGGUGCGCGAGUGGUGGAGCAUGACCGACGAAAUGCAGGAGAGCUUAGUCGAGGGCGCGACGAGCUCCGAGUCGGGAGAGCCGGGCUGGUGGCGGCCCAUGGAGGAGGUCUUUCAUCAGCCGUAGCCGGUGAGCUGCGUGGCCUCACGACUCACGAGGGUCCUUCGUUGAGCUCGUGGCCUGUCAGCUUACCCUAAACACAGUGUCAUGGAAUUGAACUCUUUCGCGCUGUAUGCUCGGCUGUUCCGCGGCAGAUCUGCUGGCCACCGAAACCCAACACGAGGUUUCUGACUCUGAGACAACCCUCGUGGCUCCGCC